AUGUUCGAAGAGGAAGCCCCAGGCUAUACCAGCCUGGCCGACCCCGCUUUACUGGACAAGAUAGACAGUCUAUUUGCAUGCAAUAUUGGAGAAUACAUCAAUCUUCCCCAGCUGGUUGUCGUGGGAGACCAGUCAAGCGGCAAAAGCUCUGUUCUCGAGGGUCUCACCCGGCUACCAUUCCCCCGCGACAGUGGGCUAUGCACCCGUUUCGCAACUCAGCUCAUCUUCCGCCGUAACAAAAACCUUACGACCAGAAGGAUCUCUUCGUCUAUUAUUCCCGCGUCGGAUUCACAUCCAACAAGGGCAGGAGAGCUACAGGCUUGGGAUAGAAGCUUCGAGGGCAGCCUGAGUCCAGUCGCCUUUGCUGCGAUACUGGAGGAGGCGCACAGACUGAUGGGCGUCUCCACCCCUGACAAGCCUACCAAGUUGACAUUUUCCAAAGACAUAUUGCGGCUGGAAAUCUGCGGACCCGACGAGGACCAUCUCAGCGUCAUUGACGUCCCUGGUAUCUUCAAGUUGACUACACCGGGGCGCACAACCAAAGCUGACAUCCAGCUCGUGAGGGAAAUGGUCCUGGGAUACAUGAGAAACCCGCGGUCCAUCCUGUUGACAGUCGUUGCGGCUAAUGUGGAUGUGGCAAAUCAGGAGAUCAUCGAGAUGGCACGGGAGGUAGAUCCCGACGGGGAGCGGACCUUGGGUGUCUUGACUAAACCCGAUCUCGUUGACAAAGGAGCCGAGCAGAAGAUCCUGGACAUCAUCGCCGGGCGUGAGCUUCCCUUGAAAUAUGGCUGGAUUCUGGUUCGAAACCUGGGGCAAAGAGAGAUGGAGAAAGGAAUUGUCGACAGAGACACCGCAGAAGCCGAAUUUGGUAAGACUGAGUUGUGGAGCACAGUGGCCGUGGACAGAUACGGCAUCAGCUCCUUGAAAACGCGCUUGCAGGAUACGGUCACUGAGAAUGCCAGAAGGACAUUUCCUAUGGUCCGAGCUGAAAUCAACAGGAAGCUCAAGGAAGCCAAAACAGGUCUGGUCGCGCUGAGUAGUGAGAGGGAUACUACCAGCCAGCAACUAAGAUAUCUCCUGGAUGCGGUGACCAGGUUCAACAUUAUGACAACCCAAGCUCUAGGCACACACUAUGGUGCGGAUGAGAACUUCACCAAGUACAAGGAGCUUCGCCUCGCAACUUUGGUGGUCAACCGGGAAGUACUUUUCGCCCGAUACUUCGAAAAAUGGGGUCACAAAUACGAAUUCAAGGUAAACAGCAUCCGCGACGAUGUUGAAAUCGUGUCCCCAGAGAGCGGUGGAGACGAACCUGCGCAGUUCUCUGCUAGCACACGACCAGGAGCUUUGAAUUUCCAUUCUACCGGAGAAGGGGAGCUUGAUCACCCCGGCUCACGCCCUACCAGAUUCAAGACCCGGAUGACUGAGCCCGUCAUGGAGCUCGAGGAUGUUCUCACCAACCAGGAAAUAAUAGAGAAGCCCUUGAGGCAGGGCAUUCAUGAAUGGCUGCGAGAUGAAUAUCACAACUCACGAGGGUUUGAAUUGAAUAGUUUUAGCAUCCCCAUGUUGACCAAUGCCUUCAACCAGCAGACCAUAAAGUGGCAAAGCAUCGCGCUAGGCUAUCUCAGUGACAUUAUUGUCGUUGUCCACAAAUUCAUCAUGCGCAAUUUAGAAAUCUCGCUUGCGGAUCGACGGGUCUUUCGAAACCUUUUACCUCAUAUAAUGGGCGGCUUGCUCGAGGUGUAUAAGGAAGCAAUGGAGCAUGUGCGGCUUCUCCUUUGCAUUGAGAGGGAAGGCACCCUGAAGACCUUGGACCGUUAUUUCAACGACCACCUGCAGAACAUACGUCAUUCUCGGUGGAAGGCCUACGUUGGGGGAAAAGAGGUCAACGGAAUUCUCCAUGUCGGCGAUCUCGAUUACCAACAGGACAUGAGCAACGAGAGCCACACGGUGCAAGAGCUACAUGACAUCUUAGAAUGCUACUACAAGGUGGCGUUGAGUCGGUUUGUGGACAAUGUCAGCAUGCAAGCGGCCGAUUACCAUCUGGUGAACGGGCCCAAUGCACCGAUGAAGCUGAUUUCGCCCGCCUUUGUGCACGGCUUCUCUGCGGAGACCCUGCAGGAGAUAGCGGGGGAGGAUCCGGCGGUGCGCCGAAGACGCACUCAAUUGAAGAAGCAGAUCGCGGAGUUGGAGAAGGGCAAGCGCCUUUUGAUCUAGGUGGUAGCAGGUACGAGAUGAAAUUU